GUCCGCCGCAGCUCCCGGCCGCAACUACCCAACUCGGCGGCUGGCUGCCCGGACAUGUCCUGACAAACUUGGCUUCUCCCGGCCCUCGCGCGCUCUCUGGCCUCCUCCCUUUGGUGCUCAAGUUUCCUCCUGGUCGAAGGAAGCUCUGGAGAUGUGGCCACCUGGGUCCCAGGAGUGCGGGCGGAUCGCACUCGGGUUGGGGAUAUGUUGAAGAUCGGAGGGAGUCAAAGUUGGCGCUUCAAACACCGCUCCUAAGAAAUAUCCCAACCUCGUGGGCUUCACCAAACUGCCAGGAGGGCUGGAAAGCGGAGCACGGAGGAGCGGUUCUAAGAUUUAAGCAAUGGGGAGACAUUUGGCCUUGCUUCUGCUUCUCCUCCUCCUCCUCCAACAUUUUGGAGACAGUGAUGGAAGCCAAAGACUUGAACGGACUCCGUCUGUCCAGUUUACACAUUUCCAGUACAAUGUCACUGUGCACGAGAACUCUGCUGCCAAGACCUAUGUGGGGCAUCCUGUAAAGAUGGGCAUUUACAUUACAAAUCCAUUGUGGGAAUUGAGGUACAAAAUUGUCUCUGGAGACAAUGAGAACCUGUUCAAAGCAGAAGAGUACAUUCUUGGAGACUUUUGCUUUCUAAGAAUACGGACCAAAGGAGGAAAUACAGCUAUUCUUAAUAGAGAAGUGAAAGACCAUUAUACAUUGAUAGUCAAAGCAGUUGAGAAAAACACUAAUGCUGAAGCACGAGCAAAAGUCAGGGUGCAAGUGCUGGAUACAAAUGACUUGAGACCGUUAUUCUCGCCCACCUCAUACAGUGUUUCUUUACCUGAAAACACAGCCAUAAGGACCAGCAUCGCAAGAGUCAGUGCCACAGAUGCAGACAUAGGAACGAAUGGUGAAUUUUACUAUAGUUUUAAAGACCGAACAGACAUGUUUGCUAUUCAUCCAACCAGUGGUGCAGUAGUUCUAACUGGCAGACUUGAUUACACGGAGACCCAGCUCUAUGAACUAGAAAUCCUUGCUGUGGAUCGGGGAAUGAAAUUGUAUGGCAGCAGUGGGAUCAGCAGUUUGGCCAAGCUAGCAGUUCAUGUGGAACAGGCCAAUGCAUGUGCUCCUGUGAUAACAGCAGUGACAUUGUCACCGGCAGAAAUGGAGAGAGACCCAACAUAUGCAAUUGUGACUGUGGAUGACUGUGAUCAGGGUGCCAAUGGGGAAAUAGCUUCUCUAAGCAUUGUGGCAGGUGACCUUCUUCAACAGUUUAGAACUGUAAGAUCCUUUCCAGGUAGUAAAGAGUAUAAAGUCAAAGCCAUUAGUAUCAUUGACUGGGAUAGGAAUCCUUUUGGUUACAAUCUAACACUGCAGGCUAAAGAUAAAGGAAGUCCUCCUCAGUUUUCUUCGCUAAAAGUAAUUCAUGUGACUUCUCCACAGUUCAGAGUUGGGCCACUUAAGUUUGAAAAGGAUGUUUACAGAGCAGAAAUAAGUGAAUUUGCUCCUCCCAACACACCUGUGGUCAUGGUAAAAGCCAUUCCCAGUUACUCCCAUUUGAGGUAUGUUUUUAAAAGUACACCUGGAAAAGCUAAAUUUAGUAUAAAUCACAACACUGGUCUCAUUACCAUUUUAGAACCAAUUAAAAGACGGCAGGCAUCUCAUCUUGAAUUUGAAGUAACAACGAGUGACCGAAAAGCCUCCACCAAAGUCUUGGUUAAAGUCUUAAGUGCAAAUAGCAACCCCCCUGAAUUUACCCAGACAGCGUACAAAGCAUCUUUUGAUGAAAACACACCCAUUGGAACUACUGUGUUGAGAGUGAGUGCUGUAGACCCUGAUGAUGGGGAGAAUGGGUAUGUGACUUAUAGUAUUGCAAAUAUAAAUCCUGUGCCAUUUAUGAUUGACCAUUUCACUGGUGCUGUGAGCACUUCAGAAAACUUGGACUAUGAACUGAUGCCCCGAGUGUAUACCCUAAGGAUUCGAGCAUCAGACUGGGGCUUGCCAUACCGCCGGGAGGUUGAAGUCCUUGCAACAAUAACUCUGAACAACCUGAAUGACAACACACCUUUGUUUGAGAAAAUAAACUGUGAAGGAACAGUUCCCAGAGAUCUAAGUGUGGGAGAGCAAAUAACUACUGUUUCUGCUAUUGACGCUGAUGAACUUCAAUUAGUACGGUAUCAGAUUGACGUGGGAAAUGAACUCGAUUUGUUUGGCUUAAACCCCAACUCUGGAGUUUUGUCACUAAAGCAGUCACUAAUGGAUGGCUUAGGUGCCAAGGUGUCUUUUCACAGUCUGAGAAUUACAGCCACAGACGGAGAAAAUUUUGCCACUCCAUUAUAUAUCAACAUAACUGUGGCUGCCAGUCGCAAGCCAGUAAACUUGCAGUGUGAAGAGACUGGUGUUGCCAAAAUGUUGGCCGAGAAACUCCUGCAGGCAAAUAGAUUACACAGUCAAGGGGAGGUUGAGGAUAUUUUCUUUGAUUCCCACUCUGUCAAUACUCAUGCCCCCCAGUUUAGAAAUACUCUUCCAGCAGGUAUUGAGGUAAAGGAAAACCAACAGGUGGGUUCUAGUAUAAUUUUUAUGAAUGCUACUGACCUUGACUCUGGCUUUAAUGGAAAACUUGUCUAUGCAAUAUCAGGAGGAAAUGAGAACAGUUGUUUCAUUAUUGACAUGGAAACAGGAAUGCUAAAAAUUUUAUCUCCACUUGACCGUGAAACAACAGACAAAUAUACCCUGAAUAUUACUGUUUAUGACCUUGGUAUACCACAGAAGGCAGCUUGGCAUCUUUUAGAUAUUACCAUUGUGGAUGCCAAUGAUAAUCCACCUGAAUUUUUACAGGAGAGCUAUUUUGUUGAAGUGAGUGAAGACAAAGAAAUAAACAGUGAAAUCAUCCAGGUUGAGGCCACUGAUAAAGAUCUAGGUUCCAAUGGACAGGUGACAUACUCUAUUCUAACAGAUACAGAUAAAUUUUCAAUUGACAGCACCACUGGGGUUGUUAAAAUUAUUCGUCCUUUGGAUCGUGAGGUACAGCAUUUGUAUUACUUAAAGAUUGAAGCCAGGGAUCAAGCCAGAGAAGAACCCCAGUUGUUUUCUACUGUGCUCUUGAAAGUAUCACUAGAAGAUGUUAAUGACAAUCCACCAAGGUUUAUUCCACCUAACUACCGUGUGAAAGUUCGAGAGGAUCUGCCCGAAGGAACCAUAAUCAUGUGGUUAGAAGCCUAUGACCCUGAUUCAGGUCAGUCUAGCCAAGUGAGAUACAGCCUUCUGGACCACGGUGAAGGAAACUUUGAUGUGGAUAAACUCAGUGGAGCAGUAAGGAUUGUACAGCAGUUGGACUUUGAGAGGAAGCAAGUAUAUAAUCUCACAGUGAGGGCCAAGGACAAAGGAAAGCCAGUUUCUCUGUCUUCCACGUGUUAUGUGGAAGUUGAGGUGGUUGAUGUGAACGAGAACUUACACCCACCCGUGUUUUCCAGCUUUGUGGAAAAGGGUGUAGUGAAGGAAGAUGUCCCUAUUGGUUCAUCAGUAAUGACAGUGUCAGCCCAUGAUGAAGACACAGGACGAGACGGGGAGAUCCGAUAUUCCAUUAGAGAUGGUUCUGGUGUUGGGGUUUUCAAGAUAGAUGAAGAAACAGGUGUCAUAGAAACUUCAGAUCGACUGGACCGCGAGUCAACGUCCCACUAUUGGCUGACGGUCUACGCAACUGAUCAGGGUGUCGUGCCUCUUUCAUCAUUUAUAGAAAUCUACAUAGAGAUUGAAGAUGUCAAUGACAAUGCACCACAGACCUCAGAGCCUGUUUAUUAUCCAGAAAUAAUGGAAAAUUCUCCUAAGGACAUAUCUGUAGUCCAAAUUGAGGCCUUUGAUCCUGAUUCUAGCUCUAAUGACAAGUUAAUAUACAAAAUUACAAGUGGAAAUCCACAAGGAUUCUUUUCCAUCCAUCCUAAGACAGGUCUUAUCACAACUACGUCAAGGAAACUAGACCGAGAGCAGCAAGAUGAACACAUAUUGGAAGUCACUGUGACAGACAACGGUGCUCCUCCCAAGUCAACCAUUGCAAGAGUAAUUGUGAAAAUCCUUGAUGAAAAUGACAACAAACCCCAGUUCUUACAAAAGUUCUACAAAAUCAGACUGCCAGAGCGGGAAAAACCAGAACGAGAAAGAACUGCCAAACGAGAGCCUCUGUAUCGUGUGAUAGCUGCAGACAAAGAUGAAGGUCCCAAUGCGGAAGUCUCCUACAGCAUUGAAGAGGGAAAUGAGCAUGGCAGAUUUUUUAUUGAACCAAAAACUGGAGUGGUUUCAACCAAGAAAUUCUCUGCAGCUGGAGAAUAUGAUAUUCUUUCAAUCAAGGCAGUUGAUAAUGGUCGCCCUCAAAAGUCAUCAACAACGAGACUGCAUAUUGAGUGGAUCUCCAAACCCAAGCCACCCCCAGAGCCAAUUUCAUUUGAAGAACCAUUUUUUUCCUUUACCGUGAUGGAAAGUGAUCCAGUUGCUCACAUGAUUGGAGUCAUAUCUGUUGAGCCCCCUGGCACACCUCUUUGGUUUGACAUCAUUGGUGGCAACUCUGACAGUCACUUUGACGUGGACAAGGGCACUGGGACCGUCAUCGUUGCCAAACCCCUUGACGCAGAGCAGAGGUCACACUACAACCUCACAGUCGAGGCCACAGAUGGGACUGCCACCAUCGUCACUCAGAUUCUUAUCAAAGUAAUAGACACAAAUGACCAUCGUCCUCAGUUUUCCACUUCAAAAUACGAAGUUGUUAUUCCUGAAGAUACAGUGCCAGAAACAGAGAUUUUGCAAGUUAGUGCUGUAGAUAAGGAUGAGAAAAACAAGCUAAUCUACACUCUCCAGAGUAGUAUAGACCCAUUGAGUCUCAAGAAAUUUCGUCUGGAUCCUGCAACGGGCUCUCUUUCUACUUCUGAGAAGCUUGAUCAUGAAGCUGUUCACCAGCAUGUUCUUACAGUCAUGGUACGGGACCAGGAUGUUCCUGUCAAGCGCAACUUUGCAAGGAUUAUUGUUAAUGUCAGUGACACAAAUGACCAUGCCCCAUGGUUCACCAGUUCUUCUUAUGAAGGGCGGGUUUAUGAAUCAGCAGCUGUUGGCUCAGUUGUGUUACAGGUUACAGCUUUGGACAAAGAUAAGGGGAAAAAUGCUGAAGUGGUCUACUCAAUUGAAUCAGGAAAUAUUGGAAAUUCUUUUACAAUUGACCCCAUCUUGGGCUCUAUAAAAACUGCCAAAGAAUUGGAUCGAAGUCAUCAAGAGGAAUAUGAUUUAAUGGUAAAAGCUACAGAUAAAGGCAGUCCACCUAUGAGCGAAAUGACAUCAGUACAUAUCUUUGUCACCAUUGCUGACAAUGCCUCUCCUAAGUUCACAUCAAAAGAGUACUCCCUUGAAAUUAGUGAGACCAUCAGCAUUGGCAGUUUUGUUGGAAUAGUUACAGCCUAUAGUCAAUCAUCAGUGGUAUAUGAAAUAAAAGAUGGAAAUGCAGGGGAUGCUUUUGCUAUCAAUCCGCAUUCUGGAAGUAUCAUCACUCAGAAAGCCCUGGAUUUUGAAACUUUGCCCAUGUAUACAUUGAUAGUACAAGGAACCAACAUGGCUGGUCUGUCCACUAACACAACUGUUCUAGUGCAUCUGCAGGAUGAGAAUGACAAUGCUCCAGUUUUUAUGCACGUAGAAUAUUCAGGACUCAUUAGUGAAUCAGCUUUAGUUAAUAGUGUGGUCCUAACAGACAGGAAUGUCCCAUUAGUGAUUCGGGCAACAGAUGCUGACAAAGAAUCUAAUGCAAUGCUUGUUUAUCACAUCGUGGAACCGUCUGUGCACAAAUACUUUGCUAUUGAUUCUAGCACCGGUGCUAUUCAUACAGUGCUGAGUUUGGACUACGAAGAAACAAGUGUUUUUCACUUUACUGUCCAAGUACAUGACAUGGGUACACCACAUUUGUUUGCUGAAUAUGCAGCUAAUGUGACUAUACAAGUAAUUGACAUUAAUGAUUGCCCUCCUGUGUUCUCCAAAUCAUUAUAUGAAGCAUCUCUUUUGUUGCCAACAUACAAAGGAGUAAAAGUUAUCACAGUGAAUGCUACAGAUGCUGAUUCCAGUGUAUUUUCACAGUUGAUGUACUCCAUCACCGAAGGGAACAUUGGGGAGAAGUUUUUUAUGGACUACAAGACUGGCACUGUAACCAUACAAAACACAACUCAGUUAAGAAGCCGUUAUGAGUUAACCGUUCGAGCUUCUGAUGGCAGGUUUGCCAGCUUCACGUCUGUGAAAAUUAAUGUGAAAGAAAGCAAAGAGAGUCAACUAAAAUUUACCCAAGAUUUCUACUCUGCAGUAGUGAAAGAGAACUCUACUGAAGCUAAAACAUUAGCUGUCAUUACCGCUGUUGGGAAUCCAAUUAAUGAGCCUCUAUUCUACCACAUCCUCAACCCAGAUCGCAGGUUUAAAAUCAGCCGCACUUCUGGAGUGCUGUCAACCACUGGUAUACCAUUUGAUCGUGAACAGCAGGAGGCAUUUGAUGUGGUGGUAGAGGUGACAAAGGAACAUAAGCCUUUUGCAGUGGCCCAUGUUGUUGUCAAAAUAACCAUAGAAGACCAAAAUGAUAAUGCACCAGUGUUCAUCAACCUUCCAUACUAUGCCAUUGUUAAAGUGGAUACUGAGGUGGGCCACGUCAUUCGCUGUGUCACUGCUGUAGACAGAGAUAGUGGCAGAAAUGGGGAAGUACACUACUACCUUAAGGAGCAUCAUGACCACUUCCAAAUUGGACCCUCAGGUGAAAUUUCACUGAAAAAGCAGUUUGAACUUGACACCUUAAAUAAAGAGUAUCUUGUUACAGUGGUUGCAAAAGAUGGAGGAAACCCAGCUUUCUCAGCUGAAGUCAUAGUUCCUAUCACUGUUAUGAAUAAAGCCAUGCCUGUGUUUGAGAAACCUUUCUACAGUGUAGAGAUUGCAGAGAAUAUCCAGAUGCACAGCCCGGUUGUCCAUGUACAAGCCAACAGUCCAGAAGGGUUGAAAGUAUUCUAUAGCAUCACAGAUGGAGAUCCUUUCAGCCAGUUUACUAUUAACUUUAAUACUGGAGUUAUAAAUGUCAUAGCUCCUCUGGAUUUUGAGUUGCACCCAGCAUACAAGUUGAGCAUACGAGCAACUGACUCUUUGACUGGUGCUCAUGCUGAAGUAUUCGUUGAUAUAAUAGUGGAAGACAUCAAUGAUAACCCUCCUGUGUUUGCUCAGCAAUCUUACAGUGCAACCUUAUCUGAGGCAUCUGUAAUUGGAACAUCUGUGAUUCAAAUUAGGGCAACAGAUUCUGAUUCAGAACCCAACAGAGGAAUUUCAUACCAGAUAUUUGGAAAUCAUAGCAAGAGUCAUGAUCAUUUUCAUAUAGACAGUAGCACAGGUCUCAUUUCAUUACUUAGAACCUUGGAUUAUGAACAAUACCAGCAACACAAGAUUUUUGUAAGGGCUAUUGAUGGUGGAAUGCCCCCACUCAGCAGUGAUGUGAUUGUUACAGUAGAUGUCACUGACCUCAACGAUAAUCCCCCAGUCUUUAACCAACAAAUUUAUGAAGCCAAAAUUAGUGAGCAUGCAACCCAUGGGCAUUUUGUCAUGUGUGUAAAAGCCUAUGAUGCAGACAGUUCAGAUAUAAACAGGUUGGAAUAUUCCAUUCUGUCUGGCAAUGAUCAUAAAAAUUUUGUCAUUGACAGUGCAACAGGAAUUAUCACACUCUCAAACCUUCGCCGGCACACCUUGAAGCCAUUUUACAAUCUUAAUGUUUCUGUUUCUGAUGGGGUUUUUAGAAGUUCAGCUCAGGUUCAUGUGGCUGUCAUUGGAGGCAAUUUGCACAGUCCUGUUUUUCCUCAGAAUGAGUAUGAAGUAGAACUAGCAGAAAACGCCCCUGUGCACACCCUGGUCAUUGAGGUUAAAGCAGCUGACAGGGAUUCUGGUAUUUAUGGUCACAUUACUUACAAUAUUAUAAAUGACUUUGCCAAAGACAGAUUUUACACAAAUGAGAAAGGACAAAUAUUUACUUUGGAAAAGCUUGACCGGGAGACCCCUGCAGAGAAAGUAAUCCCAGUUCGAUUAAUGGCAAAGGAUGCAGGAGGAAAAGUUGCUUUCUGCACCAUUAAUGUCAUCCUUACAGAUGACAAUGAUAAUGCACCGCAGUUCCGAGCAGCCAAGUAUGAAGUGAACAUUGGCUCCAGUGCUGCCAAAGGAACAUCAGUCUUGAAAGUCUAUGCCAGCGAUGCUGAUGAGGGGUCCAAUGCUGACGUCACUUACGCCAUUGAAGCAGAUUCUGGAAGUGUUAAGGAGAAUUUGGAAAUUAACAAACUAACUGGUGUAAUUACUACAAAGGAAAGCUUAAUUGGCUUGGAAAAUGAGUUCUUCACAUUCUUUGUUAGAGCUGUGGAUAAUGGGUCUCCACCCAAAGAAUCUGUUGUUCCUGUCUAUGUUAAAAUACUUCCACCAGAAAAACAGCUUCCACACUUUUCAGAGCCAUUUUAUACCUAUACAGUUCCAGAAGACAUGCCUAUCGGGACAGAGAUAGAUCUCAUCAGAGCAGAGCACAGCGGAACUGUUCUUUACAGUCUGAUCAAAGGGAAUACUCCUGAAAGUAAUAGAGAUGAGUUCUUUGUUAUUGACAGGCAGAGUGGAAGGCUAAAGCUAGAGAAGAGCCUCGAUCAUGAGACAACCAAGUGGUAUCAGUUUUCCGUCCUUGCCCGGUGCACUCACGAUGACUAUGAGGUGGUGGCCUCUGUGGAUGUGAGCAUCCAAGUGAAAGAUGCCAAUGAUAACAGCCCGGUCUUGGAAUCCAAUCCGUAUGAGGCAUUUAUUGUGGAAAACCUACCAGGGGGAAGUCGAGUCAUCCAAAUCAGGGCAUCUGACCUAGAUUCAGGAAUGAAUGGCCAUGUGAUGUAUAGUCUAGACCAGUCCCAGAGUGUAGACAUCAUUGAAUCCUUUGCCAUUAAUAUGGAAACAGGCUGGAUUACAACUCUAAAGGAACUUGACCAUGAAGAGCGAGCCAAUUACCAGAUUAGAGUGGUUGCAUCAGAUCAUGGUGAAAAGGUUCAGCUGUCCUCCACAGCCAUUGUGGAUGUCACGGUCACUGAUGUUAAUGACAGUCCGCCACGCUUCACAGCUGAGAUUUAUAAAGGGACAGUGAGUGAAGAUGAUCCACCAGGGGGAGUAAUUGCCAUCUUGAGCACCACAGAUGCUGAUUCUGAAGAGAUUAACAGACAAGUUACAUACUUCAUAACAGGAGGAGAUGUUUUGGGACAGUUUGCUGUUGAAAAUAUACAGAAUGAAUGGAAGGUCUAUGUGAAGAAACCUCUAGACAGGGAAAAGAAGGAUAAUUAUCUUCUGACUAUCACAGCAACUGAUGGAACCUUUUCAUCAAAAGCUAUAGUUGAAGUGAAAGUUCUAGAUGCAAAUGACAACAGUCCAGUUUGUGAAAAGACUCUGUACUCAGAUAGCAUUCCUGAAGACGUGCUUCCUGGGAAACUGAUUAUGCAGGUCUCUGCUACGGAUGCAGACAUCCGAUCCAACGCUGAAAUCACCUAUACGUUAUUUGGUUCAGGUGCCGAAAACUUCAGACUAAAUCCAGACACAGGUGAGCUGAAAACACUAGUCCCCCUGGAUCGUGAGGAGCGUGCAGUUUAUGAUCUUCUGGUCAAGGCCACAGACGGAGGUGGGAGAUUCUGCCAGGCGAGUGUUGUGCUCACAGUAGAAGAUGUGAACGACAACGCCCCCGAGUUCACUGCUGAGCCUUACACCGUUACUGUGUUUGAAAACACAGAGCCCGGCACUCCACUGACCCGCGUGCAGGCCACAGACGCUGACACAGGAUUGAAUCGAAAAAUUUCCUACUCUCUGAUUGACUCUGCUAAUGGGCAGUUCUCCAUUAAUGAAGUCUCUGGAAUUAUUCACUUAGAAAAGCCUUUGGAUAGAGAGCUACAGGCGGUAUAUACCCUUACUUUGAAAGCUGUAGACCAAGGUUUGCCAAGGAGGCUGUCAGCCACUGGCACUGUCGUAGUGUCAGUUCUGGAUAUAAAUGACAACCCACCUGUGUUUGAAUACCGCGAAUAUGGUGCUACAGUGUCUGAGGACAUUCUCAUUGGAACGGAAGUUCUUCAGGUGUAUGCGGCAAGUCGGGAUAUCGAAGCAAAUGCUGAAAUCACCUAUUCAAUAAUAAGUGGGAAUGAACAUGGAAAGUUCAGCAUAGAUUCUAAAACAGGGGCCAUUUUUAUCAUUGAGAAUCUGGAUUAUGAGAGUGCCCAUGAAUACUACUUGACCGUAGAAGCCACUGAUGGAGGCACGCCUUCGUUAAGCGACAUGGCGACCGUGAGCAUUAAUGUAACAGAUGUCAAUGACAACACCCCAGCCUUCAGCCAAGACACCUACACAGCAGUGAUCAGUGAAGAUGCCAUUCUUGAGCAGUCCGUCAUUACAGUUAUGGCCGAUGAUGCUGAUGGCCCUUCAAACAGCCUCAUCCACUACUCUAUUAUAGAAGGCAAUCGAGGCAGUCCAUUCACAAUCGAUCCUGCCAAGGGAGAAGUGAAAGUGGCUAAACUUCUGGACCGGGAAACAAUUUCAGGUUACACACUGACAAUUCAAGCUUCUGAUAAUGGGAGUCCACCCAGAGUCAACACCACAACUGUGAACAUUGAUGUGUCUGAUGUCAAUGACAACGCUCCAGCCUUCUCCAGGGGUAAUUACAGUGUGAUCAUCCAGGAAAAUAAACCAGUGGGUUUCAGUGUCCUGCAGCUUGUUGUGACGGACAAGGACUCUUCUCACAAUGGCCCACCGUUCUUCUUUUCUAUUGUGAGCGGAAAUGAUGACAGAGCAUUUGAAGUGAACCAGCAGGGCAUCCUCCUGACCUCAGCUGCCAUACAGAGAAAAGUGAAGGACCAUUACUUGCUGCAUGUUAAGGUGGCAGAUAAUGGAAAACCACCAUUGUCAUCUUUGACACACAUUGACAUCAGGGUCAUCGAGGAAAGUAUCCAUCCUCCUGCAAUUUUGCCACUAGAGAUUUUCAUUACUGCUUUUGGAGAAGAAUAUGCUGGUGGGGUCAUUGGGAAGAUUCAUGCCACGGACCAAGAUGUAUAUGACACUUUAACGUACAGUCUCGAUCCCCACAUGGACAACCUGUUCUCUGUUUCCAGCACGGGGGGUAAACUGAUCGCACACAAAAAGCUGGACAUAGGGCAGUACCUUCUGAAUGUCAGCGUGACAGAUGGGAAGUUUACAACAGUGGCUGACAUCACAGUGCACAUCAGACAGAUAACCCAAGAGAUGCUGAACCGCACCAUUGCUGUUCGCUUCGCCAACCUCACUCCAGAAGAAUUUGUCGGUGACUACUGGCGCAACUUCCAGCGGGCUCUCCGGAGCAUCCUGGGUGUGAGGAGGAAUGACAUACAGAUUGUGAGCCUGCAGCCCUCUGAGCCUUACCCACAUCUGGAUGUCUUACUUUUUGUGGAGAAGUCAAGUAGUACCCAGUUUUCAACAAAACAACUUGUGCACAAGAUUAACUCCUCUGCGACUGAUAUUGAAGAAAUCAUCGGUGUUAGGAUAUUGGACGUGUUCCAGAAGCUCUGUGCAGGUGUGGAUUGCCCGUGGAAAUUCUGUGAUGAAAAGGUAUCUCUGGAUGAAAAUGUUAUGUCAACGCACAGCACAGCCAGACUGAGUUUCGUGACUCCGCGCCACCAUCGCGCAGCCAUGUGUCUCUGUAAAGAGGGGAAGUGCCCACCUAUCUUCCACGGAUGUGAAGACAGCCCCUGCCCUGCAGGAACGGAGUGCGUCUCUGACCCCAGAGAGGAGAGGUAUACCUGCGUCUGUCCCGGGGGCAGACUUGGUCAGUGCCCAGGGAGCUCAUCUAUAACAUUUACUGGAAAUAGCUUUGUGAAAUACCGCCUAACGGAAAAUGAAAACAAAUUAGAGAUGAAAUUGACAGUGAGACUCAGAACGUAUUCUGCCCAUGCAAUUGUAAUGUAUGCUAGAGGGACUGAUUACAGUAUCUUGGAGAUUCAUAAUGGAAGACUGCAAUACAAAUUUGACUGUGGGAGUGGCCCUGGCAUCGUCUCUGUUCAGAGCAUUCAGGUCAAUGACGGGCAGUGGCACGCCGUGUCUCUUGAAGUGAAUGGAAAUUACGCUAGGCUGGUUCUCGACCAAGUCCACACUGCAUCAGGCACAGCACCAGGGACUCUGAAAACCCUGAACCUGGAUAACUAUGUGUUCUUUGGUGGCCACAUCCGCCAACAAGGAGCGAGGCAUGGAAGAAGCCCCCAAGUCGGUAAUGGCUUUAGGGGUUGCAUGGACUCCAUUUAUUUGAAUGGGCAGGAGCUGCCUUUGAAUAGCAAGCCAAGAAGCUAUGCGCACAUUGAAGAGUCGGUGGACAUAUCUCCUGGAUGCUUACUCGCAGCUACAGAAGACUGCUCAAGUAACCCUUGUCAGAAUGGAGGCAUCUGCCACCCGUCGCCUACUGGAGGUUACUACUGCAAGUGCAGUGCCUUACAUGUAGGGACAUACUGUGAGGUGAGCGUCAACCCCUGUGCCUCCAACCCCUGCCUGUAUGGUGGUACCUGUGUUGUAGACAAUGGAGACUUCGUUUGCCAGUGCAGAGGACUGUACACUGGUCAAAGAUGCCAGCUCAGCCCCUACUGCAAAGAUGAGCCCUGUAAAAAUGGUGGAACAUGUUUUGACAGUUUGGAUGGUGCUGUUUGUCAGUGUGAUUCAGGUUUUAGAGGAGAAAGGUGUCAGAGUGAUGUUGAUGAAUGUGCUGGAAACCCCUGCCGAAAUGGGGCCCUUUGUGAGAAUACACACGGCUCCUACCACUGUAACUGCAGCCAUGAGUACCGGGGCAAACACUGUGAGGAGGCCACUCCCAAUCAAUACGUGUCCACCCCCUGGAAUAUCGGAUUAGCGGAAGGAAUAGGAAUUAUUGUGUUUAUAGCAGGGAUAUUUUUGCUGGUGGUGGUGUUUGUCCUCUGCCGCAAAAUGAUUAGUCGGAAGAAGAAACACCAGGCUGAACCUGAAGACAAACAUUUGGGUCCAACCACAGCUUUCUUGCAAAGACCAUAUUUUGAUUCAAAGCUAAAUAAGAACCUUUACUCUGACAUCCCACCCCAGGUGCCUGUCCGCCCCAUUUCCUACACCCCAAGCAUUCCUAGUGACUCUAGAAACAACCUUGACCGGAACUCCUUUGAAGGAUCAGCCAUACCAGAGCACCCCGAGUUCAGCACCUUUAACCCGGAAGCCAUGCAUGGGCACCGAAAAGCUGUGGCCGUCUGCAGCGUUGCCCCAAACUUGCCUCCCCCGCCACCUUCGAACUCUCCUUCCGACAGCGACUCAAUCCAGAAGCCCAGCUGGGACUUCGACUAUGACACUAAAGUGGUAGAUCUUGAUCCCUGUCUUUCCAAGAAACCUCUGGAGGAAAAGCCUUCUCAGCCGUACAGCGCCCGGGAGAGCCUGUCUGAAGUGCAGUCCCUCAGCUCCUUCCAGUCUGAAUCCUGUGAUGACAAUGAAUCUUUGGCUGCUCCUGACCUCAGCAAAUCAAGAGGGUAUCACUGGGAUACAUCAGAUUGGAUGCCAAGUGUCCCUCUGCCAGACAUACAGGAAUUCCCCAAUUAUGAGGUGAUUGACGAGCACACUCCCCUGUACUCAGCAGAUCCAAAUGCCAUCGAUACUGACUAUUACCCUGGAGGUUAUGACAUUGAAAGUGACUUCCCCCCACCCCCAGAAGACUUCCCUGCCUCUGAAGAGCUGCCACCGUUGCCUCCAGAAUUCAGUGAUCAGUUUGAGUCUAUACACCCGCCUAGAGACAUGCCUGCCUCGGGUAGCUUGGGGUCUUCAUCCAGAAAUCGGCAGAAGUUCAACUUGAAUCAGUAUCUGCCCAAUUUCUAUCCAGUCGAUAUGUCUGAACCUCAACAAAAAGGCACUGGUGAAAAUAUUACUUGUAGAGAACCUUAUGUCCCCUACCCUCCAGGGUAUCCAAGAAACUUUGACGUUCCUGCUGUAGAAAACAUGCCCAUGUCCGUGUACACUUCCACAGCUUCCUGCUCAGAUGUGUCAGCGUGCUGUGAAGUUGAGUCUGAGGUCAUGAUGAGUGACUAUGAGAGUGGAGAUGAUGCCCACUUUGAAGAAGUGACGAUUCCUCCACUAGAUUCCCAACAACACACAGAAGUCUGACACUCACACUCCCCCGCAAAGUGCCUGGACUUUAACAAACCUAGAGAUUAUAAAAGUAAUCUGCAUUGUUCUUUGCAGCAGUGCUUAAGCGCUUUUCGGUGAGCUAAAAUGGGCAUGGCUGCACUGAAUCUCGCGCCUCUUGAUAUGUUAGCCAUUUCCAGUGUCCUAAGCUACUGCAGUUGGGUGAGAUUUUCAUCAGCUGUCCUGUUCCUGCACAUCCUUUUGUACUUGCAUUUGUCUGUGUUAAAAUAAACAAAAAUCAGCCCUACCAUCCUGUUAGCAUGAUUUAUG